ACAUCUCUCAUCAAGAUAGCUGUUAUCAUCUCAAACAAGAUAGUUGCUUAUAGCUAUUGAACUAUAUUGCAUGCUGCUGAGAAUGAGUGUCCUUGCAUGUAUUGUGUAUGAGCUGCCUGUGUCUAUGGCUGGGGAAGCUCAGUGUACUGGUGUCUGCAGACUAUGUGGUACAAGUGGAGAUGCUCUCCUACAGUCAUCCAUUCAACACACGCUCUGACGGUCGAGCUUGUGAUUUAACCAGUAACUGUGACACCUACUUCACCUACUGUCUGUUGCCACGUGCCAGUGCUGAUAGAGGAUGUCCCAAUAGUGGACCUGGAGAUACUCUAGUCAGUAACGUUAUACUUGAUGGGGCAGACAUUGAUUUCUCACAACUUAAUGUAUUUGGACUUCCUAAUCCAUUCAAUCUAACUGGAAUAUCGACAGCCUGGGAGGGAGCUCAGCUUUAUAUAACAGUGUUUGACUUUGAUAGUAAUGAAGAUGAUCUUAUUGUAAGGUAUCGAUUUGAUCUCAGUCUCUCAAUGGAAUCGGCAAGGCUAUUUUCUAGUACCGAGCCUGCUAUCACUCUGAAUGCUACUGAGCUAUGUGCUCCAUUCUACUCUGGAAGCACUUGUGAGAUGUUUAAUCACUGUGAUUCCAAUGCUGUCACAUGCAGUGACCAAGGAACGUGUACAAACGACCUUGAUUCUUACACCUGUGUCUGCAAUGCUGGCUAUACUGGUGCUGAUUGUGAUGUGGAUAUUGAUGAGUGCUUGCUAAUGGAGAGGGUGUGCAGUGGCCAUGGUAACUGCUCUCAUGGAAUAGCCUCCUUCACCUGCUCAUGUUAUCUUGGCUACACUGGACAGAGAUGUGGGACUGACACUGAUGAAUGUGAUGGAAUAAACUGUAGUGGAAAUGGUCGUUGUGUUGAUAUGGUGAACAUGUUCCUAUGUGACUGUGAACCUGGCUACACUGGUGCUGAUUGUGAGACCAACAUUGAUGACUGUGUGAAUAGGAACUGCAGUGGAAAUGGUGUGUGUGUGGAUGGUGUCAACUCGUUCAGUUGUGAAUGUGUGUCUGGCUUCACUGGAGAGAUGUGCAGUGUGGAGACACAAGAGAUGAGAUCAGAUGAUACAACAGCUACUAUAGCAGGUGGAGUAGUCGGGGGACUGGUAGGGAUUGUGAUCAUAGUCAUUGUCAUAGUGAUUAUUGUCAAAAACAAGCAAGAGUCGUCUAAAUACAACGUUAGUGGAGGAGGAACAGCCGACAAUGGCAUACAAUGUCAGAACAACGUGGUGUAUGGUGUGUGUGAGAUGAACACAGCUCAACCUCAAACCAACACCCUCCCUACUGGUCCACCCCCCUCCUCUCUACAAGAGCUGGAAUAUGACUAUCCCCUGUAUAAUGUGUCGAAGCCCCUCCCACCAGUGUACGGGAGUGUGGAUGAGAAGGAUGAGAAACUCAUGAUAAAUGUAAAUGUUAGCUAUGCAACCGUUGCCGAGCGUGAGGAUAAACUGGGACAGACUAGUGAUAUCUAUGAUGAUGUCAACAUGAGGCAAUGACUUAAUUUUAACGUAUAAAUUAAUUUUUUCCCCUAAA